AUAAACAUGCUAUUUUAAGAUUAGAUGUAUCACCCUCCAUCUCGUUCCGCAUGUUUCUCACGUCGCAAACAUAAUUUGCUCAUCCAUACACAAAACGAAAAUCCAGCAUCUUUGUUCUCUAUCCAUGAUCUCUCUCUCUCUGGUUCUCCUCCUUUCCGACCGAUCGACCCUCUGUGAAUUUCUUAGAUUCAUUGAUUCGGGGUCGGGUUUUUUGAAGACAUGGGACAAAAAUCUCUGAUCUACAGCUUCGUGGCUCGAGGCACCAUGGUUCUCGCAGAGUACACUGAAUUCACCGGAAAUUUCACAACCAUCGCCUCUCAAUGCCUCCAGAAGCUUCCUUCUUCCAAUAACAGAUUCACUUACAAUUGCGAUGGUCACACUUUCAACUACCUCGUUGAGAAUGGCUUCACCUAUUGUGUGGUGGCCGUUGAAUCUGCGGGAAGACAGAUUCCCAUUGCGUUUCUGGAGCGCAUCAAAGAAGAAUUCACAAAAAAAUAUGGCGGAGGCAAAGCAGCCACUGCUUCAACUCGUGGCCUCAACAAAGAAUUUGGGCCUAAGUUGAAAGAGCAAAUGCAGUACUGUGUGGAUCAUCCUGAAGAGAUAAGCAAGCUUGCGAAAGUGAAGGCUCAAGUUUCUGAAGUCAAGGGUGUGAUGAUGGAGAACAUUGAAAAGGUUCUUGACCGUGGAGAGAAGAUUGAAUUGCUAGUGGACAAGACUGAAAACCUUCGUUCACAGGCACAGGAUUUUAAAACGCAGGGCACAAAGGUGAAGAGGAGAAUGUGGAUUCAAAACAUGAAGAUGAAGUUGAUUGUUUUUGGUAUCGUUAUUGCCUUGUUUUUGAUCAUUUUUAUGUCUGUUUGUCGUGGAUUCAGCUGCAUAAGUUGAUUCUAGUGUUCUUUCCUGCUCCCUCCCAUUCAAACGUAUCAUAUUCAUUUUUGUUCCUUACGCACGUUUGUGCCGCUGUUUCUCAUUUUACAACCUCUGUUGAAUAUGUUCUUUUGUUAAUGGUAAUCAGUUCCUUCUUGCUC